CUAUGUACUAUCAAUAAAAAUGAGCCGAGAAGUUUUAUCGCCGUCUAUUGUAGUAAUUGGUAAACGACAUUACCGUAUUAAUCCAAUUCACGAUGGUUAUGGAGGACCAUGUUCAAAUAUCUUUAAACCCGGAUAUCAAGAAGAAGAUAUGUUUGGAGAAGAUGAUGAAGAUACAUAUGAUGUGGAAGAGCUUGAAAAUUCAUUGUUUAGAACACAAUUUCAUGUUCCCAGAGUUUUCUAUGGUGGAUUGAUUGGACAAAAAGGAAUGACUAAAAGACGAAUUGAAUCGGAGACAAAAACCGAAAUUUUCAUUCCAGGUGUUAGAGAUACAAAGGAAUCUUUGGUGUCAAUAAAAGGAAGAUCUAGAAAAGAUGUUUGUGCUGCCCGAAGACGUGUUGAAUUGGUUAUUGAAUCUUUACGAAAGAAAACCCAACCAACUCAUUUUACUUGCGUUCCUGCAUGCACGGAUGCAAUCAAAAAAGCUUUCAAUAAGUUCAAGGAGUCCAUUCUCUAUGACAAUCUGCCUGGCAUUGAUGAACCACUAUUUCAGAGCGCAGAAAAACUUCACAUCACCUUUGCUUCUUGUACAUUACUUGAUGAUGAAGAACGUGUUAAAGCAGCACAAAUAUUUCAUGAUUGCAAAGAAUUUUUGGCCAGUAUACCUCCAAUUGAAGUAAACGUAUGUGGAUUGGAAAUAAUGAACGAUGAUCCUAGUUCUGUUGCUGUUCUAUAUGCACGCAUAGAAUCUUCCGGUCUUCAAGUACUCGCCGAUAAAAUAUUACAAAAAUUUAAAGAAGCUCGUCUGAAUAACGAUGAAUAUCGAGAUGCUGCAAAAUUGCACAUGACUCUUAUGAAUGUUCGGGGCCGCUUGCAAAGAGAUCCAUCAAGUUUAAGUACUUUUGACGCUAGGGUUAUUUGUAAGAAAUAUGCUGAUUAUGAUUUUGGAAAAUUUACUGUUAAUGAAGUGCAUUUAUCACAAAUGCAUACAACUGGGGCAAAUGGAUUUUAUAUUGCUACGGGAAUACUUACUGUAUAGAAAUUUAAUUUAAUUUUAAGUAUGUAUUUCUAUUUUGUGUUGCCUUGAAAAAAAAAAUCAAAUAAAUAAAAACUGUACAUUUUUAUAACGAGGAUUAAAUGUUUAAAAUUCGUUCGAAUAGGUU